ACGUAAUCCGGCCCUGUGUAAUUUUGUAAAAAUGGAAAAAUUCACAAACAAGUCGUAUUAUCAAGUUUCUUGAGCAAUGGUAGUGGAAAUGGACCCUACAAGGAUUGGACAUGUAGAUAAAGAGUCUAAAUGGCAAAUACUGAAAGGACUUCCACUUCACCAUGACCACCUUGCUUUAGAGAUAGAAGUGAUUUGCAAACUCAUCUAUUCCAGUAUGGUAGAACAUAACAAUGAAAGCCUUGAAGAUGUCAUUCAGAAACUCAUAUUUACACUGAAUAGAGUCAAAGGAAGAAGCCUUCCAGUUCAGCAGCUGCAUGGAGGUACAUGUAUAGAGCAAACACUGAAUGAAGUUACAACACUGUUGAUCACUCUCCUUGCAGAUAUACAAUCUCAAGAGAUGUUGAAGAGACUGGUGAAAGUUGGUUUGAUAUUCGUGGUGGUACAGGGGAAGCAGAAAUUCCAUACAGAUCCUCUGUUGUUAAAAAUGCUCUUCAAAACUGCAUGUGCUAUAGUAAAGAGUGGAUCAAAAAAUGAUGAGCUAGUGAAUGAUAAUCCAAAGGAGGUCCUACUUAUUGUAUGUAACAGCCAGAACAUACAAAGUGACUCUGAUGUCAGAGAUGUAAUCUGUUUGUUAUAUGGGAGUUAUUUAAUGAGCAACCCUACCCUGAGAGAUCCCAUUCUAGGUGAUACCACCCUCUCUGGUAUUAUAGAGGUUUUAGAUGUCAUUAGCACUGAGACUCUGCUGCCACUAGCCAAGUAUUUUAAAGCACUAUGUAAUAUUAUGCAUAGCGAUAUAUCAAAUGCAAUGCGCCAACUUGAGCAUGUACUAAAAUCAAACAUGACCAGAGUGAAGUUACAAGCAUUUUCUUAUAAUGCCCUAGGGGUCUGCUUUCAUCUCCAGGGUAAACAUCACACAGCUAUCCAGAAGUUCAAAGAAGCAAUGCAUUGUGAUGGCUCUCUUUACAUUGCUCUAUUGAACCUCUCAGUGCAAUACAGGUGCCUAGGCCUACAAGAUCCUGAGCUAGAAAUGCUGCAUAUACUCAUUGGUUUGUUGGAAUCUGAUACAGAGAUGGCAAAAUGGAACACAAUGGACUGCCACACAAAUAAAGCAUUCAUUGAACUAGAUGAUAUCCUACUGGAAAGAGAGGAACUUAGCCCUACUGUAACCCUACCAGAGGUUCUGUACUACAUGGCAAAACAAUGCUUGCAGUUGCAAAAGUACAAGCAUGCUGGAGAGCAGUAUUUGAAGUUACUCAACCACCUUGUACACAACAAACAAGCCAAGAAUGAUGACAAACCAAGCGCCAUCUAUAUUCCAAGUAUACAUAGACUUUUCCAUGAGACUGCUCACUCCCUCCUUCUUGCUAAAGACUAUGAGAGCUGCAUCAUGAUAUGCAGGCAAGCUAUUAGCAAAUACACACCUCAGCGCCAAAAUAAAUCUCAUACAAGCAACAGAUCAGAACAUACGAAAAUAACUCAAAGUGCAGGAAUUGAUAUACCAUGUGAAAGUCAGAAUCUAGUCAACUGUGAUAAACCAAUGAAAAACAAUUCAAAUGUUAAUAAAUCUGACAUCUCCAGAAAACGUUUACAUUCUAAUUCAGUAGGAGAAAAUGCGAAUCUCAUUGAUGAUGAGAAUGAUUCUGAACUACACCCAGGGAUACCAGCUCAUAUAUUGGCACUAGUGAGUCAUGAAAAGGAUAAUGAUACAGAUGUCAAGUUUAGUCAUUUGAAGGAUGAUGUCAUCUCUUUGAUGUAUCUGACUGAGGCUCUUGUUCAACAAGGGAGCUUUGAAUCUGCAUUGGAAGCUAUAUCAAGUGUUCUUUCCACUAUUGAAGAUAUCAAAGGAUCUGGUGAAACCCAUAAACAAUAUGGUAAAAGAAAGAAAGAGGAGCAAGAUGCAGACAGCUCCAAGAUAUUCGCUCAACCCUACUACGCAUCUACUAUACAGUCACUUAAGGGCCAUGCAUAUUUUCUGAAGGGGAUAACUCUCUUUAAACUCUCCAAACAUCAGGACUCUUUACAUUUCUUCAUGAUGUCAUCUCUCUUCUCACCAGAUCCUGUAAGAAUGUAUGCCACAUAUCACCACAGUGUAUGCUUGGCUGCUUUAGGGAAACCCAGGGUAGGCUAUACCAACUGGCGAGAUAUAAGAGGCCUUAACAACCACAAUGUCUAUCAGAUACAAGAAUUAAAGGCUAAACUGAGCAGGUGCUCAAAGUCCGACCAAUCAGGAUUGAGUAGAGUAGGCUACUGUACAGAGCUGGAAAUGCUACAAUUAGAUGUUGAUGCAUUAACAAAGUAA